AUGUCCAUCGAGGCGUCCGCCCUCGCCCUGUACGGCGCUGUCAACGUCGGCGUCUACGCCUUCGGCGCCGCCUUCCUCGUAUCGCGCCACCGGCCUCUCGCCGAUCAGCGUCGCCAGCUCUCGUGGCUGCUCACGACAUUCGCGGCGCUCGUCGUCACGGUCGUCGGCAGUUACUACGCGUUCGGCGCUUGGUGGCAGGGCGUGUCCAGCGCGGUGGAGCUGUACCGCCCGAGCGACCCGAUGCAGUGGCUGCGUCCCAGCGGCGGCGGCGCACCCGAGGAGCCAGUCUCGCGCCAUUUGUGCCUCUUCUUCCUCGCCUACUGUGGCGUCGACUCGGUGCUGGGGGCGCUGCACUACCCAGAGCAGAUCGACGUCGGCUACUACCACCACGCCCUGUACUCAGUGCUGCUGUGCUACCUGCUCCACACGCGCCAGACGCUGCUGUUCGCCGUCUGCGGCGUCGAGGAGCUGCCGACGCUGCUCGUCGGAGGCAACCACCUACUGGGCGACGGCGGCAACCCGCGCUUCGGAGUCGGCGUCGUCUUUUUCCUCACCCGCGUCUCGUACCACUGCUGGAUCACCGCGCGCGCGCUCGACCGGCUCGAUCCGCUGCUGUACUGGGUGAGCAGUGUGCUCCUCAUCACGCACGUCGGCUGGUUCCAGUCGUACCUCGCCAAGGGCUCGCUGCCCUCGAAGCGGCAGAGCCGCGCCGCCGCGCGAGUCGCUACGGGUGGCUCGACCGGCAUGCAGGGCGGUGCAUCCGCCGGCCCGCUGCACGAGCGCGCGCUCUGGUCGAUGGCGACGCGCCACCUGCUCGUCUUUGUGGCGAUGCUGGUCGGGCAGGCGCUCCUGCACUCGACGCUCACCGCGCGC